GUACUUCAAACAAACCUUACACUUUACGUCCUGUAGACCUUAGUCGCGAGGCUAAAUUUUUUCCACAUAUGGCAGCCACAUUAACCUGUCGGUCCUAUUAUAAAGGCAAAAUGCAUCAUUGGCAGUCUUAGAUGAAUAUCCAGCUAAAGUGGACAGACACCAUAAUGAUCGCUGUGGUUAGGUUCUUGCUUGUAGGGAUUUGUAUUAGUUGUGUGUUUUGUAGGCGAGUAGCGGAACAGAAUAGUACAAUCAGUGAUGGAGAUAAUAUGGAAGAAAUGGCCAAGAAGCCAAUAUGCCACUACAGUGACCCCAACGUAAGUGAAUGCAUCAAACGCGUGGCGGAGCAGGCGAGGCAUCUGCUAGCGCAUGGUAUACCAUCCUUCGGCAUCCAACCACUCGAGCCCUUGAAAGUCCCGAGCAUAAGGCUGAGGCAGCACAAUAUGCCGCAGAACCGGUUCAAGUAUGACGCCUGGUUCACUGACACGAUACUGUAUGGACUUACGAACUACACAUUCAAUAAACUCGACAUCUUCCCGGAGGAUAUCCGAGUGACAGGAAACAUAAGUCUACCACGUCUCACCAUGUCGGGAGAGUAUGUGGUGAUCGGGGAGUUUCAGAUGCUGCCAGUGGAAUCUACUGGUAUCAUUCACGCUAACUUUACGAAAUGCAGUGCGGCUCUUGACGCUGUGGGCGCUAAAGUCCACAAAAGGAUCGUCAUAAAGGAUGCCAAUGUAAAACUGCGCUGCAGAGGACCGCUCGAAGCUACUUUGAGUGAAGCUCAUUCCACCACUGGAGAAAUGGAGAUGAUAACUGACCACAUAAUACAGAUGCACGCGAACGAGUUAGCGAAGGAAGUGCAACCAGCUGUAGAGACUGCCUUGUCGAUGGUUCUAGAAGACAUCGCCAAUAAAUUCCUCAAACAUAUUCCAACUAACAUGGUCUUCCCUAAUUAGUCCAGUCAUCUUAAGUUUUAUCUGGGGAAAAAUUCCUAGUGAGCUAAAUAAUUUCCUUCACAUCUUCAUAAUAACACUGUAAUAAAGGUGUAUACAAAAAUCCAGCUCACUAGGAGUUUUUCCUCAGAUUGGGGUUUAAAAUGCCUAAAAUUACUGGACUAAAUUGGAAUAUCUUAAUACUUCCACUUGAAACUUCACCGAAACUAAAUGUAUUAAGU